UACUGGCGACCGUUGACGAAGAUAGAGUUCGAUUGAAUCAUCGCCGGUCCCGUAGUGCAGGCUUCGGACGACGGCGCCUCCGUCGAUUGCGCACGGAGUCUCCCCGCGAGGAUUGCAAACACUGCGAUCAUGCACAGUUGCAACAGCAGAGGCUUGUACAGCGACAUUGCUUUUUGUCCUUUUCGUGCGAAAAAUGUCUGCAACAACGACUUCUGUGCAGCUUGCCAGCUUGUAUAGCUCGCUAGCGUUUCAAUACGCAUGCGCAAGCCAUGAGUGAUCACGUGAUGUAUGUCGCUAGAUCGCGCGCGCAUGCGCAUAUCUAAUCUUUAUUGCCUCUCCACAGGAUCUGUCAGUAGCAAUUGAAACUGCCACCAGUGUUACUGAGCAUGAUACCUACAAUGUACUGGCCUACACAUCAGCUGGCAGAAACAGCUCUAUCGUUGUAAGUGGAACUCACCUGGAUUCGGUACCAGCAGGUCCUGGAAUUAAUGAUAAUGGGAGUGGCUCAUCUGCAAAUCUGGAGAUGGCCAUUCAACUUGCCAAACUUGGACUCUCUCUACCGAACAAGGUUCUGUUUGCCUGGUGGGGGGCUGAGGAACUGGGCCUGUUUGGCUCCACCCACUUCGUUUUGAAUCUUGACGAGGGGGAGGAGCUUCCUUACUUUGCCUGUGACCUCAACUUUGACAUGAUUGGUUCACCCAAUUAUGCUCGAAUGAUCUACAAUGGAUCACAGGCUGAAGAAUCUAUUCGUGAUGCAAGUGUUAUCAUUCAAGGACUAUUUGAAGAGAGAUUCAAAUCACAAGGUUUGGAGUAUGAGUUAACUGACUUCACCGGCCGCUCAGACUAUGGUCCUUUUAUUGCCAACGGAAUACCAGCUGGAGGGCUGUUCACUGGAGCUGAGGUGAGAAAGACUGAGGAACAGCAGAAGGUGUACGGAGGACUGGCCAAUGCAGCUCUCGACCCCUGCUAUCACCAGGCUUGUGAUACUUAUGACAACGUGAAUGAAGUCAUAUUUGAGCAGAUGGCUCAGGCCGCAGCCUACACUCUUGGUGUUUUGAUGGGGCAAGAAGACCUGGAACGGUAUCUGAACUCCACUUCCUUGUAUUUUUAGCCUGCAAGUGCAGAACAGAUAUUUUAGCUUUCUGUAUUAUGCUUGUGUAGUGGAGAGCUUUGUGCUGUGUGUUAGUGUGGGCUUACCCCGUUUUAAUUGAUGUGUACAUUCAUGUGUGUCUGAUUGACCGUGUCCGACAUUGUGUUUCUACUCCAG